GUAGUGUGGAGAAUUUCAUCGAUAACAGAUGACAGUUAACGUUUGAUACCAAGCUGGAGUCUCUUAAUUCAUGUUUUUAUUCAUUUACAAACAGCGGACAAAGCUAAUACUAGAACCCCGACAUGAUAGUCAGAUUUUGACGGAGACAGGAAGAUGUUUAUGUAGAAACCAAGUAACCAGGAAGUGCUAAGGAAACGCUGUCGCCGCCUCGCUGAUUAUGAGAUUGUUGUGUUGUUCUUCACUGGGGAAAGCUACCGGGAUUUCAGCCCUUUUCAUCGUAGGGUUUGCCCUCAUUUUGAAGUAUUUUGACGACGACACCGUUCCGGUAAAAUAUUUAAGUAUGUCUGAAGACAUCGAAGCCCAGGAGGAACAUUUCAGGCGUCAGAACCAAAGCUGCUUCAUCCUCGGUGCUUCUGGGGAAACAGGGAAGGUGUUGCUGGAAGAACUUCUCCAGCGCAACAUCUACUCCAGGAUAACACUGAUCGGGCGGAGAAAGCUGACCUUUGAGGGCGAAGCCUAUAAGAACCUGGUACAGGAAGUGGUUGACUUUGAGAAGCUGGACGAAUAUGCUGCUGCCUUCCAGGGCCACCAUGUGGGCUACUGUUGUCUGGGAACAACCAGAGCCAAAGCAGGAGCGGAUGGAUUUGUGCGAGUCGAUCAUGACUAUGUCCUGAAAUCAGCAGAGCUCGCCAAGGUGGGAGGCUGCAAACAGUUUCACUUGGAGUCCUCCAGAGGAGCCAACAAAGACAGCAGUUUCCUUUACCUCAAAGUCAAGGGCCAAGUGGAGGCAGAGAUUGAGGCUCUGGAUUUUGACAGAUUCUCCAUUUACAGGCCAGGAGUUCUGCUGGUCGACAGGCAGGAGAGUCGGCCCGGCGAAUGGUUAGCCAGGAAGUUCUUCGCCGCUGUCAAUACAGUGGUCACUUCUUCCAUGUCUGUUCCAAUUCAAGCCGUGGCAAAGGCCAUGGUGUCAAACACUCUGCUUCAGCCCGAGAAGAAGACGGAGAUCCUUGAGAACAAAGCGAUUGCUGCUCUGGGGAAGACUGUGAAGAAAUAAAAGAAAAGCUGCUCUAAAGUGAGAAAAAUCUUGUCCAAACCAGUCUUCAUCAGUUGGGCAGAUAAUACAGAUUUCCAAUAUUUUUGCUUAGGAAAAAAAUUUCUACCUUUAUUACUUGAGGAAAAAAAAGGUUAUUCUUUUUCCAAAUAAGGAUUUUUCACAAAUACUCUAAAAACAUGUUCAAAGUAACAAUUUGUGAGUUUGAACUGUGGCUAAGGAAAGCUGUCAAAACCAAGCAGAGGCAGCAACAGUGUGUCAUUACUGUCCCCGUGUGGCGUGGUGGAGAACUGAUGUAGCUGCUUCUCAGAGAUGAAAUCUCAGUUAAUGAUUCAGAUUUGAUCAUUUCAAAAAGCAAAGACAGCUCCUGAAUGGAAUGUAGCGCAUUUGUUUUUUAUUUUGUAGGAAAAUUAAAUUAAUAAAAAAAAGCCUUCUAAAGGAAAACUAAUUUCUUUGACUAGUUAUUUAUAAUUGUCAUGGAGCAUUCCAUCUGAAUGUCCUGCAGCAGACACGACUAGGUCUCCCUUUUUUUUACUCCAAAACUCAGCUUCUCUCUAUAGUGUAAAAAAAUGUCACUUUUCCAACAAUUUUCUGUCCCACAUCACAACUUCCUGGAGAUAAAGCAACAGUCUGGCAGAUGUAACAUCACUUUUAGCCAACUAGACAUUUAAGUAAAAAAGUGUGCACUUAAUUGUGCGCACUUUUUUUUUCCUUUUAGAACUCUCCUUGUUUCGUUCCAUUAAAAUAGUAAAGUGUGGGAAAACAUCUUUGGUGACAUCUAGUGGUUCAUUUCUGAAAGCCAGCGUGGGAAAUGAACAUCAGGAACUGCAAGCUGGGACUUGCACCACUGUUUUAUCUCAUAAAUGUCAUAAAACAAUAAAAGAGUUUAUUGAGUAAAAUACUGUUGUUUUUUUUUGCAUUACCAAAUCUAAAAAUAUUUGUAAGGGAAUUGACAAAAGUAUUAAAUGUAGGACGAGUGAAGUUGGCGUGUAUUUCUGGAGAGCUAAAUUAGGAGAACUGUACUGAAAUUAUCUAUCCAUCCAUCUUCAGAACUCCUGCACUAGAGCCUGGAGCCUAUCCCAGCUAUUGUAAUGGAAUUUCAAAAACAAUAGCUUGUAAAUAACUUGUAUUGUUUUGUACCUAAACUGGUUAAAACUAAAUUGGGGUGUUAUAGAAUGUACUGGGAUUGUUGUUAUGGAUGUAAAAACUUACUUGGGGAAUGUGUGAAUAGGACUGUGACUGUAAAAGCACUUUGGGCCAUAGAAAAGUGCUGUGCAAGUAUACACCAUUUACCAGCGCAGUGGUUAGAUCUCUUGCCUCACAGCAAUAAGAGCCUGGUUCAAAUCCCGGCUGUGGAGUUUGCAUGUUCUUCCUGUGCGUCUGUGGGUUUUGUCCAGCCACAGUCUACUUCAUAGGUUAAUUGGUGAGUCUGAAUCUGAAUAUGUGUCUGUGGCCCUGCAACAGGUUGGUGACCUGUUGUGCACCCUGCCUUCCCGACAGUAGCCGGAUUGACUUCAGCAUAUCUGGGACCCCAAAUAGAUAACAUGAAGUUAUAAAUGAGGAAGUAUCAUGUCAGUAAUACAAUGCAGGCAGAAAUGUCUUUAUAUAUGUCUCAGGAACUGCCUGUACCACCCAUGGAGCCUGCAUGUAUUUGUUGCAUAAACACAUUAAAAUGCAUUAAAAAUUGUC